AAUACACAAGAAAAUUGCAAGACCAUGCAAUUGUUAGAACAUGAUUUAUUGUAAUUUAAAGUUUAUAUCUGUAUAUUUGAUUUGUGUGGUGAAGAAAUUCGUAAAACAGCAAAGCUUGGCUACUAAUAGAGGCAGUUGUAUUAAGUGUAUUAACUAUAAAAUUUGCGUGUUUCGCCACAUUUUGAUGCUGAAUUCAAAUAUAUAUACUGCCCAUUUUGGUUGAAGAAGAUUAGAAAAUUUUAACAAUGUUAAAUAUGGAUCCGAGAAUCAAUCAACAUUUCUGAUUAGGAGAAGAUAAACAAAAAAAGAUUAUAAUAAUGAUUCUCAGUGCAUUUUUUAAACAAUAUAAAAAUCAAUUAACAGUGGCGCUGUAGAUUAGUGUUUAUAGCUCUCGUACUCUGUGCGGGAGACCGGGGUUCGAUUCCUCUUGAUGGCGAUUCAACAUGGGCGAGUGAAUGUUACCAUAGCCCCGGGUUAACCCAAGCCAUGCUGGAUGUGUUGCCAGGAGUUGUCUAGUAGAGCGCGGGCUCUAAUUGGGUCUGCGUAGCUCAAAAUGAGCAUUAAAUACUCUAGGACUCUCCAUCUACGCCAUGGCCCCUCCUGGAAAUAAUAGACAGGGUAUAUCCCUUGAUAUUUGUGAGGCUAGCCAUGUAAAAUAUGCACAUCUAUCUAUCUAUCUAUCUAAUAUUGCAGCCUCCCAUUUUCAUAUAUUGGACAAAAUAGAACAUGCAUGAUGACACAUAGAGGAAAAAACAUUAAGUGAAUAGGUGGAAAAAAAUUAAAUGUUCCUGGCGACCAAGAAGAGUGACGUAAGAAUGAAUAAACACAAAUCCAGAAAGCCUUCUUGCAUUCGCAACAGAAGCGAGGUCUUGCUGUUUUUCGUGCAGGUGGUUUUAAAAUUUCAUAAUGCGCCUGCGCUUCUGGGUUUUUCUAGGAAAGAAUCUUGGGUCGCCAAACCAAUUCAUCCUUAAGGCAUGAACUACAUCGGCAAUCAAACUGUUGCGGAAAUUAGUUGCACGUUUCGUUUAAAUGAGUGUUGGUAGUAUAAUUUGACCCUUAUAUUUAUGUCCCGAUUACACGACGCGAACGAAGGUCAUGAUGGCUGCUUCAACUGUGGGAACUGUUCGCCAAAUAAUAUUGAGGAAAUUAACAGACUCUUUCAAGCCAUCCCAUCUAGAUGUCAUAAAUGAGAGCUUUAUGCAUAAUGUACCGAAAGACUCAGAAACACAUUUCAAAGUUGUAAUCGUGUCAGAUGAAUUUAAAGAAAAGCCUUUAAUCCAGCGUCAUCGCCUUGUAAAUAAUGUAUUAAAAGAAGAAUUUGAUGCUGGUUUACAUGCGCUAUCAAUACAGGCAAAAACUCCAGAGCAGUGGGAGAAAACUGGUAACAAAGUGUCUCAAUCGCCACAGUGUAUGGGUGGAAGUAAAAAAUAGUCGACUAAAUCUUAUCUCAACCACUUCCAAGACAACAAAAUUAUUUUUAUUGAGACAGAACAUUUUAGAACAUUUUAAAUUCAUUGGUCCUUAUUUAAGCUAGUGUAUUUUGAGCCAAAAAAUUACGUUAUACUGUGAAAAAAUAGUUAACUAUA